UAUACACUCCUAAACUCUCUGAAGUCAGGUCCGAUCCCCAGCCCUGUCCUUCUCCUGUUUUAGACAAUCACUAUUAACCAUGAGAGCAAUGCACCUUGAUGAAAACAAAACUGGUGUUUGGUACAUGCCCUGUGUUGUGCCAUGUGCUGUAUCCAUGCCAGCCUUUAAGGCCUUUGGUAUCGGGGCUGACUUCUGUCCAGUGACCAGAAACAGCAGUAGUAACUAAGAGCAAUGGCCAACAAAGAGUUUCUGUAUUCCUGCUAUGUAAAUUAAAUAUGAAUGGGGGAACCGAGUGAGAUUCUGUAUUCUUUCUCAUCCAGAAGCACAGACUAGGUUGGGCAGCUGGUACAGCACUGGAUGCACAGGUACGUUUUGUUUGCAAGAAAUACAACACACAAGCUUGGAACAAACCCAUUGCUGCUGUGGUUUAUUGUAGUUUAUUGUGGUUUAUUGUGACAUAUUGCAUGGGACAGCACACAGACUGUGUGCUUCCCUCCUGUCACUUAUAAAAGUUCCUAUUGUGUUCUGUAUUGAUGACUUCUGGCUCCUACAGCUUCCUUUUCCCUGAUGGAAAAGGCAGUGCAAUGGGAACUGUGUGGUUGGAGGCUGCUGAGGGUUGCCCUGGGGAAGGGUGGCUGGGAGGGAAGGGGCAGUGUGUCCCCAGCAGCCCUGCUCCCCUCUGCAGUGGCUCCCCAGCCUCACCUGUGGUAAUGCCAGAGCUAAACAGGGCUUAGCACAGACAUCCUACAGCAAUUGUGGCCCCUGGGAAGCCCCUGGGCCAAAUUACCAACAGCUCACAGGAAAAUAGUGUUCAUUAAGAAUAAAAUCCUGCUUGCAUUUAAAUUGGGUUUAAUCAUGUUCACAUUGAAAGACUCUGGAUGUUCCCUUGCUUUGAUCCUCAGCCGUAAGAUUGAGGCAGAGCAGUAAAUUACAUUGAGGCAUUUUACAUCCCAAAGAAUGCCCCUCUUCCUGUUCAGAAGUUCAGUGUAUUCCCCAAGAACAAUACAGCGAUGUCUACCAUGGCAUGGCAAACCAGAAAGAUUUCUGACAGAAAAGGGUAACAAGAAAAUUACCUGAAAUGGUAACAAAAGGACAACUGACAGAUGAGGACAUGGAGUUUGGAAAUAAAAAUUUGGAAGGUCUGAUAUAUCCUUUUGAAUGUGAUUUCAAUCAAAUAAAUUUGGAAACAGCCCUAAUCAUGUCUAUGUUAUGAACACAGAUUUUUCUUUCUGUUUUAUAGCAUUCACAAACAUCAGAUAGGCUGCUACAAUUGUCAGCUUUACAGGUCUAUGCUCCGUCUUCUCAUCCACACAUCCUUCUACCUGUGCCUCCCCACACCCAGCUUUCCCUUUGAACUUCACUGCCACCGUAACUUGGUGAAAACAGGCUUGGAGAAUUCAGAGCAGAAAUGUCUUUCUAGAGCUUUUAUAUAUGCUCUAUGGCACAGAAGCCAGCUGAAGAAUUGGAGUCCUACUAGCAGAAAAUGGGCAUAAAAGUAUUUUCUCUCUCUGAGAGAGUAGCUUCAUUCACUUUCUGCAGCUUUUCAUCUCCAUCACAGCUCAGCUGCCUGGAAGACAUUCUCUGCAAAGAUUGGAAAGACUUCUACAUACAAGCUGAAUAUGGUAGUGCUGCUCAAGAGAGGAAAGUUAAUACCUGUUGUUUCCAUGGCUGAUUUCACCACAUAUUUAAAACUACACUAAAGAUCCUCUGGUCCUCUCCCACCCCCAAAACAUCCCUGUGUGACUGAUGAUGAGCCAGAGAGACGUCCCGAAGCAGGGCUAGCAGCAGGGUGUUACUUGGCUAUCCCACACUGUGCAAGGGAAAGCUCACGGGACAUGGAUCCUGAUGGGUCCUGGGGACUUUGCACUGCCAGAAACCCUUCUGGGAGGGGCCAGGGAAGAGGAGCCUUGUGUUGUCAGGCGGUCCUAUCUGCAGGAACUGUCCCACCCACGGCCCUUGCGAGGUCUCUUAGCAUCCCUUAGGCUCUCACUUGUUAACAAGUCCUAUUAGCACCUAUUUAUCUAGGUCUUCCCCAGCCUGUCUGUUUCACAGUGCCAGAGGAUAACCCAAAUUCUCCAUUCCCGUUCAUCUGUGGUCCAAGUUUGCAUCUCUGUGAAUUGCUGCAGCAAAUUUAUCCUGAUUGUCCUAAAUCUCAGUACUGGAAAGAUCUCCCAUCACUGAUUCAUUGAUAAGUGAUGUCUUGAAACCCUCUGGUCGAGCUGAUCGGGAGUUCAGGGAGGGUCAGAUGACUUUGUGACAAGAGGUUUGUGUGUUAAGGUGAACAACUGAACCCAUUUCAAGGUGGAGAACACUCCAGUUCUGCUUGCACAUGGUCUGGGUGAAAACCUUGAACCCCCCCUCAGCAGCCUGUGCUGCAUUUUACUCAUCCAGAAGGAAAAAAACACAACAAAAAUGAAAAGAAAACACCAGGAAACCCCUGUAGGAAGUGCCUGCAGAGUUUGUGCUGCCCAGAGAUAAACCCUGGAGAAGGUGGCACUGUCAGUUUGAAGCCCCAUGGCAGAAUCUGUACUGAAAAAAUCUGACAUCCAGAGGAAGAUUGAGGAGGUAGGAAAUGGCUUCCAAGUUCUCCAAGGUAUUUAUCAACGUGUACAGAAAGAUAGUGGAAUAUCCAGAAAUCCUUAACUGUAUAGGUCCCAUGAGGGUGCUCUGCUAUCCAGCAGUACAGCAGGUACCAAACAGUGUGGCAGUUAGCAUGAGGACUGCAAAUAUGUGAGAGGGUCAAAAUUCAAAAAAACCCUUUAAAAACCACAUGGACCACUAACAGAAAAUUGUGUUUCUUUGAUUUCUGCCAGAACAGCCCCGUAAAUUCAGCAAUGAUUUUUCUAAGGAUCCAGAAACACACACCUGUAGUACUGCAUGGGGUGUGAUGGGAAGAUGACCAAAUAUUUAUGUGUAAUUCUAGUUACUGUAUCCAAAGGAUGAUACAGAACAAUAAUUUGUCUUUAUGCUGCUAUUAAGGUUGCGGUCCUACACAGGCAAAGCUGAGCACCCAAACCAGUCCCCCAGACAUGUUUAAGUGGUAGGUUCCUAUAAACACUCUUUUAUAUCUACACCUGCCAUAGUUUCAUCAAACUUUAGCAGUCGCCACUUCAGCUGCUUCCACUGACAAAGACUUUGAGCUGUUUAAUGCACCUGAUGCUGAUCAUUCCUGCCUGGAGCCAUGGUGUAAUGCAUUCACCAGUCAUUGCUUUAUUUACUCCUGGGGCAUUUUGCUAGAGGCAUUCAAUAGGCAGAACAUAUUUAUUUUUCUUUUGAGAUUAGAAAUGAUGCGAAAUACUUAUGAGUUUAUUUUUUAGCUUUAAAUCCAUUUGCUUUGACUUCAUAGAGAUUUGCUUCAGGGCUGGAGAAGAGUGUUUCCAGGUGAAUCUGAUUUGGUUCUGACAGUUGUGACAGAUGCAGUUCAUUUGGGGGAGGGAGGGAAAACGGUGAAGGGAGGAUAAAAAGCUUUGGAAGCCAGUGAGAGUCCUUUCUGUCAGGGAAGCUUUCUAGUUUUCUGUCUUAGUAGCUGCCUGUUGUUUUCUCCUUCAUAUUAUGCCAUCACCUGUUCCUCUUAAUUGUUUUCUUUCUUUUGAGUAUUCCCCCUCUGCAAAUUUGCGCCCCUGCAGCAGCCCUUUAGUUAUCCCUGGCAAAGACAGCAAAAGCUUUCUGGGGGGAGCUUCCUCAGCCAGGACUCAUCGCUUGCCUCCACGCCUGUCCUGGUACUCCAUUGACUGGGACCAGCUCUGCCUCCUGCAGCCCUUAGGAUCUGGGGGCUUUGGCUCUGUCUACAAAGCCACCUACCAUGGUGCAACGGUGGCUGUGAAGCAGGUGAAGAAGAGCAGCAAAAACCGGUUGGCGUCGCGGCAGAGCUUCUGGGCUGAGCUGAACGUGGCCCAACUCCAGCACGAUAAUGUGGUACGUGUGGUGGCUGCCAGCACGUGUGCCCCAGCCAGCGAGAACAGCCUGGGCACCAUCAUCAUGGAGUAUGUGGGUAACAUCACUCUGCACCAUGUAAUUUAUGGCACUGGGGGUGCAUGGAGAGAAGGGGAAGACGAUGAAGGAGGAUGCGGAAGGAAGGCCCUGGGCAUGGAAGAGACCGUGUGCUAUUCUUGUGACAUCAUGACAGGCUUAGCCUUUCUGCACUCACAGGACAUUGUGCACUUGGAUCUGAAGCCCGCAAACAUUUUCAUCACCGAGCAGGGAGCGUGCAAGAUCGGAGACUUUGGGUGCUCCCAGAAACUGGAGAAGGGCUUGUCCCAGAGCACCCAUGUUUGCCAGCAAGGGGGCACGUACACACACCGUGCCCCUGAGCUCCUCAAGGGGGAGAGGGUCACUGCCAAAGCAGACAUCUACUCGUUUGCCAUCACCCUCUGGCAGAUUGUCAUGCGGGAGCAGCCGUACCUGGGGGAGCGGCAGUACGUGCUCUAUGCCGUGGUCGCCUACAACCUGCGUCCCUCGCUGGCUGCCGAGGUGUUCCAGCAGUCCCCGGUGGGACAGACACUGCAGAGCAUCAUCAGCUGCUGCUGGAAGGCCAAUGCAGAGGAGCGUCUGAGUGCAGACCAGCUGCUUCCCAGCCUCAGGGCCCUCAAGCAGAGCCAAUAGGAAAACUCAGGACUCUUUAUAUUACUUUUGUCGACUUUUCUUUCCCUCCACCCUUCCUCUGAACGUAAUUGAUUUAGCCCCUGUGUGAUCUAAAGGCUUUGUUGCUGUUUUUUUAUACUUGAAAAAGAAAGAAUCCAAACUGUUUUGAUAUAAGAAAAUUAAAAAUAAAGAGACUUAAUGAUACUGUGGGGUUUUACUCUGGAAGGGGAUAGAGGCAAAGAUGAAGAUGUUGGCAGACAUAACUUUUUUCUGGUUUAUCAGUUACGUGCUGCCUUACUCACUGUGAUGUGCAGAAAAAUUGUUGGUUGUAAGUGAAGUACAAAUAAGGGUCUUCUUUUGGAAGGCUCUUUAUAUAUAAUACCUCAUGAUAUUUUUAAAAUGUCAAAUAUGAGUAGUUCUUGAUGCCAGCUGGGGUAGUGCAUUUGAGCUUCUCUUCUUCAUUUAUCAAGGAAUUAGUAUGUAUCAUAAAUCAAUGAAUGCAGAAAUAUAGAUAGAGUGUCAGUGGUGUAUUUAUUGUUCCUUGAUGUACUUCAUAUCAGAAGCAGCAUACUUACUGAAAUUGAACUACUCACAUAGUCCUUGAAAUAAAGAACCUUUUUGUCAGUCUAAGGCUACUAAGAUCAACAAAGUGCAUUAACAACCUGUCCUUUUUAUAAGACUUCCCUGCUGUCAGGUGUGUUAGUAGCAACUUGCUAGUUGGAACAGUGUAAAUUCUGAUGUAUUAUAAGAACAUUUUGUGGAGAGUAGUUUUUAAAAAAGGGGGGAAAAAGAGGAUUAUUUGUGCUUCAUAAUGCAUGGCUCAGUGUUGGACAAGAUACUGGAAGCACUGAAAAGGAGGUUUGCUUACAGCAGUAAUAAUGUUCCUCUGCUGGUGCUCAAAGCAUACACUAUUGAACUAUCCUCUGUACUGCUUGUGUCUUAUCUGCUAUCUUUCCUAAUCUGGUUGUAGUGUGUCUGGGAAAGGAAGUGCUGUAGGCAAUGCUGAAGACAAAAAGCUCUGAUCCCUGACUUAUCAGAACUGAUAAUUAUACAUCUGAACCCUUAUCUGGAGCUGCCUGUUAUAGCUGAUAUUGCCAUUCUGCUCAAAGCCUCUACUUCUUUUUAAGACAGGAGAAAGAGUGAUGUUUCAGUCAAAUUGUUUUUCUUCUUUACCCUUCCUCCCCCUUGCUUCCAUUCUGGAAAAAAAGAAUCCCAAAGGAAUUGAGCCAGUUUCCUGAUUUCUGACACACAUCUGUUCUUAGCCCCGUGAAAUCCUGGAAAUGAGCAACUAUGUGAAUUUGAGAUGAUUCUGUAGGUCUUUAUGGUAUUUGGGUUGGUAAUUGAAAUUAAUGGUUUAUAAAGCAUAUCUAAGCUUAACUAUUUCUUGGUUUUCUGUCCCCCUUAAGCGGAAAUAGAAAAUGCUGGCUGGAAUAAAAAACACUGAAGUCAAUUCUGGAAA